AUGGCAAGAUCAUUUAAUUCUUACUGCGUUCGUUGCCGCCGAAAAACGCCGUCUUUCAACUCAAAAGCAGUGACAUUCCGCAACAAGAGGCGCGCUAUUAGAUCACAUUGCGCUUAUUGUCAAGUGAAGAAAUUCCGACUUAUUGGUCAAGGCGGGGCGAUGCCAAAUCGCUCCAAGCAGCGCAAACGCAGCAGCCGAAAAGGAGAUGAUUGGAUUGUGCUUUUCUCUCUUGAAACAAUAUACUCUCUCUUUCUUACUUUUCACCCACUUUUUACCGCCUCUCUCUCUCUCUCUUUCUCUCUCUCUCUCUUUCUCUCUCUCUCUCUCUCUCUCUGGGCAGAUAAUAUAAAUGUCAGAUUGGAUGAAAAUAUAGAUAUCUCUUUCUUCGUUUAUUUCAGUGAUAAAACCAAGCUUACCCUGUUCGUUUUGACCCUUCUUUUCUUCCGUCUUAGUUUAUGUUUCUGUCUGUCUGUCUGUCUGUCUGUCUGUCUGUCUGUCUCUCCCCUUAAUUCAUCAACACUGUGUUCCUUCCUGCAACUGCUUCUUAUUCAGUUCUGGGAGGGACUGCCUGGAACUACCAUUUACGGUGGUGCCAUUUCUUGGGUAGGUGGUGCUAAAAACAAAAACCGAAAUACUAUCGUUUGUCGGCUCCAUGUAGAACCACUUCGUAAAUACUUAGAAAAAGCUCGCAUCAAGCUGCAGUUGAGGUGGGCUGGACAAUACGACCAAAUUCCCGAGGAGAGUGAGAAGGAAGUCACGGAAAAGAAAAGUAAGGCUUCCUGGGAACUCCGAAAGGGAAAUGUCGCCAUCUACGCAAUUCAGGGGCGCCGACCCCACAUGGAGGAUCGCUACAAUUUUGUAAACAAUCUUGAUGAGACACGGACCUCCAUCUACGGUAUUUUUGAUGGACACGGAGGAGAGUUUGCUGCUGACUUUGCUGAAAAAGCUUUGUUUAAGAGCUUGAUGGUGCGCCUUUUAAAACUGUCUGAGGAUGACGGAACACACUCUAUGGCAGAUUUACUCACAGAAGAGUUCCUCAAUGUGGACAGCCAACUGCUGGAGAUUGUUAAAUCCACAAUGGAUAUGUCUGGUUCCACUGCAUUGGUUGCUCUACUCAGAAAUGACAUUCUGACUGUAGCAAAUGUGGGAGAUUCACGAGGGGUAAUGUGCGAUAAAGAUGGAAAUGCAAUUCCCAUGACAGUAGACCAUAAACCCCAACAGCUAAAAGAGAGACGGAGAAUCAAACAGGCUGGUGGCUUCAUCACAUUCAAUGGUGUUUGGCGUGUGGUCGGUGUAUUGGCAACGUCUAGAGCACUAGGAGAUUACCCUCUGAAAGAAAAAAACUUUCUCAUAGCAGAACCAGAUGUUUACACAUUUGACUUGAAAGAACUUCAGCCCCAAUUCAUUAUCUUAGCCACUGAUGGUCUGUGGGACUGCUUUACAAAUGAAGAAGCUGUUAGUUAUAUUCAAGAAAGACUCUCAGAGCCACAUUUUGGUGCUAAGAGUAUAGUAUUACAGGCCUAUUAUCGAGGCUCUCUGGACAAUAUCACCGUCAUGGUGGUCAAUUUUAAAACAGCAUCAGCUGGUAUUUAUCGGUCAGAUCAAGAUGAAAAGAUCAAGGAUAGCUUAAAUCUUUGA